AUGGCGACGUUUAAAACAUGUCUUUCAAUAAUCGCUAUCACAUUACUUUUAGUUAAUGUGGUAGCUAGCUAUGGUGAUUACGGUUACGGAGGAGGCUACGGUGGACAAGGCUCCUAUGGUCAUGGAGGCUUCGGGCAUGGUGGAUACGGUGGCCAAGGCGGCUUUGGACACGGAGGGUAUGGUCAUGAUGGGCAUGGCCAUUACGGGCAUGACCAUUACGGGCAUGACCAUUACGGACAUGGUCAUGGCGGCUUUGGACAAGGAGGAUUUGGAGGAUUUGGAGGUGGUUACGGACCAUCCAUAAAUGGAGGUUGGGGACACGGUGGAGGGCACGGCGGAGGGCACGGCGGUUAUGGCCACGGCUGA